AUGGACAACUUCACAGUUUCUACCUCGUGGGUGGCGCCAGGUAUCGAUGCACUCAACUCUAGCAGUGAAAACUGCAACGUGGGCGCCGCAUGGAUUGGAACAGCCAUAAAAGGCCUGACCAGUGACGACCUGCGCAACAAUGUACCACUUGGGUUGACGCUCAACUAUCUUCGAACACUGGUCCCUAGUAAUUGGCCGACAACAACGGACACGGACCUUUUUGCCUGGUACACCGAGUACUUGACCUCACCUGACAAUGCACAAGGCAAUUACACCCUCGAGUAUAUCCUUUCAUUACCUUUAGUGCAUUGUCACAAGGAGAUAUGUACCACAAUGGACUGGGAGGGAGACCCAGAUGUGUCAGGUGAAGGCAUGAUCGUCAGCUACUAUCUUGCGGCUGUGCUUGCGACGAUUUACUUUGCCAUUUUGGUGUGGACCAUUGUUGGACGAUACGAUGUCCCUUGGACGCACCACAAAAUUGCCAAAAGGGGACUCAGCGCGGUUCAGGAGUCCAGCAACACUUUCCUCGAUGCUGCUCUCAUCUUCGCAGUGGCCAUGUUGGGUGCUGCAACUGUGCGAUUAUACGUGCUCAUGACAAACCAAAACGAGGAUCGUUCCACUUAUGCUACUAUCGGUUCAGUUUCAAUGUCCGCCUUUUCUUUGUUCCCAGCUUUGAUACUCCAAGCUGUAACCGAUGGUCAGCGGACGCAUAUUCUUCGACAGGUUCUAUGGUUUGUCGCCAUCUCCCUCACAAUUGCGGUGGAAAUCAUGUACCGAACAACAUAUCAUGCCCCGGGAUCCCGACAAGACGAUCCGAAUGCCAGCUGCGCAGAUGGCAAGCUUCAAAAAGCGUGGUUGGCAUUCUGCGAGGACGCUGCUAUCAGAAGACAACUUGAACUAGGCCUAACCAUGGCACAUAUCAUACUUGGAUUGCAAUGUCUCUGGUGGCUAUACUACCUUUUGGUGACGAUUACACCGAAGCACUGGCACGAAAGACAGGGCCAAACGAUGUUUGGACAGUUCUUUGCUCAUUGUCGUCGCUGGAUGCGAGCCUUAGACGGCAUCAUCUGCUUGGCCCUCAUGUGGACAUUGCUCGUACUGUUCCGGAGAUACCGAAGCUCAAUCCAAGACUCGACCGGCUACUCUGAUACGGACAGUACAUGGACUUUCGGACAGGUAUUAGCUCUUGCUACUUGGGCGCCCGUGUUUAUGGAUCUGGUGGGUAUACUAAUAUAUGGCCCCGAAAAGGGAUUGGAUAAGAAGAUCUCGGACAAUUACCGGAUCGUUCCAGCUGAUGAGAGUCGUGCGACCACAAUUGAGAAGUCCACCUAUGGACCACUCCACGCACAAAAUGUUUAA